GCCCGUUAAACUGAAGAAGAAGGCCCGCGUAGAGUUCAAAUCUUUUAGUUUUUUUUUCACCCCUGGCGCUCUUGUACUCAUGUGGAACAGUGUGUUUUUAGUGUGGAGAGAACUCCCAACAGUGUUAUCCAGAGUAGUAGUAAAGGGAGGAGCUACCAACAGUCCUACCAGACAUUGAUGGCAGCUUCACAUCUCUGCUUGACAAGGGCCCGAACGUCCCUGCGUCUCAACAUAAAAAGAAGAGCACCAAAGUUGGACGAUUUCAUAGAUAAGGUGAACCCUCACCAUUUGGAGUCGCUGAUGAAAAGAGAAUGGCAGCUGUCCUAUGUCACACCCCUCUACCGAUUCCGUUACACCCAGCUGAAGAGCUAUGCCAGGCAGCUCUCUGCAUUUAUGGCUGCAGAGAAGCAACAAGGUCUGGCAGUGGAGGUGGGAGGUACACUUUGCUUUAGUGUCUCCUUCUCUGUGGUUCAUGGCCUGGUUGGGACAGAUAUUGAUGCAGAGGCCAUCUUAAUAGAGAUCUACUCGAAGUCCUUGUUUACCAGCCAGGAUGAGUGCCAGAAGACAGUAUGGACUGGCUGGCUAGCAUGUGUCAAUGGCAACCCUGACUACAUUAACUCACUUCCAAAAGAGUUUGUCUGUCUACCACUCUUUGGGAGCAGUGGGACUGAGGCACUCACUGCUUUGGUCAAAUUAUGGUUCCAGAAGAACUUUGACUGCUGCUUUGGAUUGUUGGAGAUCAGCAACACCAGCUUGCAGUGGUUGGUGGCAUUAUGGACAAAUUGCCACACAGACUCCAAUGUCAAGCAACUCAAAAUGAUUUGGACUCUUCCAGUAGAGCCACUGCUUCAUGUCACCUAUGCUGUAAACCCAACUGAUGCGUGGGAGCUAUGGCGUACUAUAAGAAGGGAUCCACCACAAGCGGUGGAAGAAGACGACAUUAUUCAUAUAGACGAGGUAAUAAGGCUCAUGAAGGGGCUCCUGUGCCAAUUCUACCGACACUUCAAGGUGGAUCUUUCAGCUGGGAGCCUGAGCCAUGUAUCCACAGCGCUGGGCACAGCUAAAUGUAGCGGAAAGAUCAAGAUUUCCAACAGCAAAUGCAUGUCCACCACACUGACGAUGCUGACCGAAUGUGCCCUCUUCAAAAUGCCAAUUUAAAGAGACUAUCAGGAAGACGUGAAAUUCACUGUCAAAGUCCAAUACAUUUCGUCUUCUUGCUCUCUUAAAUAUUAGGAUUGUAAAAAAAAAGUGUCAAUUUUUACCUGUACAAGUCAUCUGUGUAGUUUCCACAAACAACCACUUUUUUUCUAGCAUUGUUUCUCCAUGCCAACUUUUGUAAAAAGAAAAUUGUAACCGUAGCUGUUAUAAAACAUUGUAGAGGGGUACCAAUGAAGAACAGAUUACAUUUUGCUGAGCAUCUAGGUAAAGCUGUAAAUGCAGACAAGUUAUGACUCCUCAUCAGUGCUAUAAUCAACCCACAUGAAUCUGUCCAUAAUUCAUCACAACUCAAGUAGCCUGCUUUCUCACAAACAAAUAAGUAUUUAUGUCCUUCCACAAAUGUUUUUGCAAUACUGUAGUUAAUUUUUGUUGAAGCAACCAGUCUUUGUGGGAUUUUGCACAAUGUAUAUUCAUAUGUAGCUUUUUUUUUUAAAUAGCUGGCAUUGUUAUAAUAAAUUAUUUUUAAACUGU